AUGGCCACUGGCGAGAUUCGUGGGUCCAUGGGGUCCUCCAGACUGGCUCCAAAGUACCAGCGUGAUGUGAUGGCACCUUGUAAUCCAAAGCUCGUCAAAGAGGCAGAGGAGCCUGUAACUCUGACUCCCUCUGCCUUUCUGAAGGAGAUGGCUCUGACCAGCAAGCAGAGGCUGGCCAGCACGAAGGAGAUGAGGCAGCCCCAGAUUAUCCAGCUUCUAGACAUGAGUGAAGCCUCCCAUCAAAAGUUCUCAGCAGUUGACCUGGACCAGAGCUUGUUUCAGCCUUUCCCGUCAGAGGUGGUAUUUCAGAGAUACGUCCCCUUCGAGGUCUACGAAGUGCCACUGACUCUGAGGAACAUCGACAAGGUUCCUCGGCUGGUGAAGGUCGUCUUGGAGAGCUCACCGUAUUUCAAGUUGAUCAGCCCCAGUGAUGUGUGCUGUAAGGUAGCACCUGGCAUGUCUUUAACUUUCCACAUCGUUUUCAGGCCUGUGGAGAACAAGGAUUACUUCCACAAGGUCACUUGCAUCACAGAAAGGGAAAAGUUUCUUGUGCCGAUCCGAACGAUAGGUGCCCGAGCUAUCCUGGACUUCCCUGACGAGGUGAACUUCUCCGUCUGUCCGGUCAAGUACAGCACCGAGAAAACUCUGUUCAUUCACAACAUCGGUAAUCGGGAGGCCCGCUACUGCAUCAGCACUGAGAGCCCUUUCUCUGUCGAUCGCUCUGUUGGGACUCUCGGGAUUGGUGACGCCAUGCAAGUGACGGUGGAGUUUCACCCGCUGAAGACCGGGGAUCAUUCCAGCUCCCUGAUAGUUCGCUAUGACACAGGUGAAGAUAUUCACGUAAGCCUUUACGGAGCAGCUGUAGAGACCAACAUUGGGCUGGACAGGAACUUCUUGACGGUUGCGAAGACUUACCUCACACUGUCGAGCUACGGGUCCGUGUUCAUCCACAAUCGGAGUAACAUCAGAGCCCAGUUCCAGUGGAAGACUUUUGUUACUCAGGAAGAAGAGGAUCAGCAGAAGGAGAGGCUGUGUCGCAGGCUGCAGAAGCAGGAAGAGGACAAGACGGAUCAGCUUCUCCAGGAGUAUGGUGUGGACCCCGUUCUCCGACAACACCUUCCCCUGCUCCAGCUCACCUUCCAGAACCAGAGAGCAAGGGUGCAAGAAGACCCCAUGCUUUUCUCUGAUGAUAUCUUCACCAUUGAGCCAGUGGAGGGAGAAAUCUGGCCAAAUACUUCACUUGAAUUUAUUGUGACCUUUAAACCUCGAGAAGCCAGAGUCUAUGAACAAACAGCCUACUGCAGCAUCUCAGGCCAAGAGAGCCGGCUGCCGCUGCACAUCAAAGGGGAAGGCACAGGGCCCUGCCUCUGCUUCAGCUUCAACCGCCUGGACAUGGGGGAUGUUUUUCUGGGACUGGACUAUGACUAUAAGACGGCCCUGAUUAACAAAGGACCCAUUGAUGCUUCCUUCAGCUUGAUCCCUUCAGCUACAGCUCCAGGCUUCUGCUUCACCUUUUCCCCCCAGGAGGGCAUCAUUUUGCCAAAUGGGCACCAAGUCAUCAAGAUUUCCUUCAAUUCCACUAUCCUGGGGCAGUUCAUGGAAGAGUUCCUGUUCUAUGUGCAGGGAUGCCCUGAUCCUGUGACCUUCACUGUCAGUGGCCGUGUCGUCGGACCGACUUUUCAUUUCAAUGUACCUUCCCUCCACUUCGGUGACGUCUCCUUUGGCUUUCCCCACACCUUGACGUGUCGCAUCAGUAACACCUCCUUGGUGCCCAUGACCUACAACCUUCGCGUUCCUGGGGACGGCUCAGGAGAGCCCAGCGUUACCAGUUUUGUUCAGAUAUCAGACAGCACUCGCCCAUCCUGGAGAAAGGGAGCUCAAGGUCACGUCAAACCAACCGAAUUUACCAUCACGCCUCGCAGAGGGACCAUCCGCGCCCUGUCAUGGAUGGAUAUUGAGGUCACCCUAUGUUCCAACACGCUGAAGAGGUACGAACUGGAGCUGGUGGUGGACGUGGACGGUGUUGGUGAGGAGCAGUUGGUGUUGCCCCUCACAGCCAGAUGCGUAGUUCCUCCGCUGCGAGUGCUGAACCCCGUCGUGACGUUUGGACGGUGUUUUCUAAAAUUCCCCUAUCAGCAGCUGCUGACCAUUGUGAACGACAGCAAUCUUCAAGGCUGCUACGGGCUUCUUCCUCAGGUUUGUCUUUGCUCCAGCUCCGUGCCCUGUGGGAUCAUCCAGCCUCACAGCUCAGUGCAGGUCCCGCUGACCCUGGAAGCCCAGGUGACGGGAGAGCAGGACACUGUUGCUCAUGUCGCGGUAUUUGGGAGUGACAAAUUCCCACUGCAAAUCCAUUUAGUGAGCACUGGAGAAGGACCAGUAGUCUACGUGCAGCCGAGUAAGAUAGAUUUUGGCAGGAUCCAAGUUCUACAGGAUGCUUCCCAAACUCUGCACCUCUCCAAUCAGACCGUCAUCCCUGCACCCUUCUGGGCAGAGAUGGCUCAGUUUCGCUCACGCUGGAGGAUAGAACCCAGUAGAGGAGUGAUCCCCCCUGAGACCGAAGUGUCUGUGGCUGUCAUAGCAAACUUGAACGACACCGACAGAUUCAAGGACAAGGUGAAGGUGUUCAUAGAGAACAGCCAUACCUGCGUCAUCCCCGUCCGGGCUGUCGGCAUUGGCACCACCAUUGUCACCGACAAACCCUUUGCUCCAGAGCUCAACUUGGGAACCCACUUCAGGUAG